AUGGUAUUGGAGAGCACCAUGGUUUGCAUAGACGACAGCGAUUUUAUGAGAAACGAGGAUUUCUCGCCGAACCGAUUGUACUUCCAGCGAUACGCUGUUGCCGAAUUGUGCCGCUCCAAAGCGAGAUCUCAUCCGGAAAACGACGUUGGCCUGUUAACAUUGGCUUCGGGCGAAGUACUGGCAACACUAACGAACGAUAUAGGCCAUAUCAUGAUCAAGUUGUACAAAGUCCAACCGAACGGCGAAAUAAAAUUGAUUCACGGUUUAAAAUUAGCCCAUUUUGCGUUGAAACAUCGCGAAGGAAAGCACCAUAAGAUGCGAAUCGUCCUAUUCGUAGGGAGCCCGAUCGAAAACGAGGAGGAAGAAUUGGUCGCAAUCGCUAAAAAAUUAAGGAAGGAAAAAGUUAAUGUAGAUGUCGUUGCAUUCGGCGAAGAAGCUACUAAUUUUAACAAACUUGAAACAUUCGUUAACUACGUUAAUGGCAAAGAGGGCAACAGUAGUCACUUAUUAAUGCUUCCCACGGGUUUAUCUGCUACUGAUGUAUUAAUGUCUUCUCCCAUUAUGAUCGGCGAGGAUACGAUGCAGCCUCAUAGAUAUGAAUUUGAUGAUCCAGAAGAAGAUCCAGAUUUAGCAAUGGCUCUUCUUAUAUCGAUGCAAGAGUUCCGACAAAGAGAAGAGGAAGAAGAAGGCAAAGUAUUUACCUCAAACGAAAACGUACCUGAAGAAAAUCAGUUAAUAUCACUUCCUAAUGCAACUAAUGUUGCGGAACAACCGGAAUGGGAUUUGCAAAAGCUAUCUACCGAAAAAGAAAUUAACGCAUUUAGUUCAAAUGGUAAUGAUUUUGCAACGUACAGUAUCGAAACUUUAGAAGAGAUCGAAUUAUUGAAAGCCCUUUUAGAAAGUGUUCCAAGUUCUGAUCCUAAUACUGUAGCAGUAAUUCAGGUUCUUGAUGAGAUGAUAAGAGUGUUGAAAGAAAAGCAACGAACAGACGAGGAAGGAAAAAAUAAUAAAGAGAAUGACGAUGAUGAUGAAAAUAAAUUAUAA